UGCACAUGCUUGCUGAUAAGGCAUUAACAGCUUUGUCUUAUAGAUCAGUCAAGCUAAGCACAGUGAAACGAACGGACGCAUCAAGUGAUAGACAACGCUAAAUAAAUUCGCAAGCUAAGCAAAUAUAUAAAAUAUAUGUAUAAGUAAUCAUGGAAAGUGUUUGGCUGGAGUGCGUCUCAUUUCUGAAGACUCUAUUGUGCUUUAUAGUGGCGCUAAUGUUGAUGCCACUGCUGUUGUUGUCGUUUCUGUGCGCGCAUUUCGGCAACGAGCUAGCCAACUAUUUGCUGAGCAUCAAGUAUCCCAAUCUGACCAUCUCCAAGUCCAAAAAGAUACGCACACUAAUUGAUACGCCCAAGAACGCAGGCAUCUUUCACUUUCUGCUGCAGGUGGAGGGACCUUGCGAGUUUGAGCACAUCAAGCGCGCCUACAGCACGCAGUUGAUUGAGCUGAAGGAUAAGACGGGUGUGCUGCGAUACCCAAAGCUAAGACAGCAGCUGGUUACAUGCUGGGGUCACUAUGCCUGGGUGAAUGAUAGCAGCGGCUUCAACAUCAACAAUCACGUGCUGCUGAGUACGCCCAAGUAUCGUGGUCGUGCAGUCAGCGAAUCGAAUAUACAGGAAUACGUCAGCGAGCUGGCCGCCAAAUACAUACCCUCGGACUUGCCCCAAUGGCAGGUGACUGUAAUACCUAAUUCGGAUGACACGCAGCCCUACUACAUAUUAAUAAAAGUGCAUCAUCUCAUCAUUGCCGAGGAGCAAGAUCUGCAUGUGAGUGAGAUGCUUCUGCUUCAGGAUCCCGAGAAAAAAAGUUUUGUGGAUGCUUUGACUGCCACAACGCCAGCUGUAUCCAAGCAGCUCUCACAUUUUGUUCGCCAGCCGGAGCACAUAAGCAAACUGCUGCAGCAUGUGCAGCAUUUGAUUAGCUGCCGCUGGCAACAGUUCAUCUAUGAGUUUGAAUCUCUGGAUACGCCCGAUGGCGUCAAAUCGCAGCCGGACGCGCGUAACCUCAGUCAGCUGCUGUCCCUGUCGCUGAUUGUGCUGGUCAACGUUAGCUUGAGUUAUUGGCGUCAACGAGCGCUGCGUCGCAAGCUCAAGCAUCGGUCUGGACAUAGCUAUCGCCAUGAUGUGGGCAUGCUGCAGACCAUUUAUAUUUUGCUUGUACGUGAGCUGGAGCAGCGCAAUCUCAACUGGACAGUGGCACGUGCCGCUUUAACGCAUAGCCUACAGCCGCUGAACAUGGUCAAGUGCUGGACAAGAUUCAUUUGGCAUUUGUUGCUGCACAACUUCAUUUUACUACCAUAUUAUGUUUAUUACGAGCUGCUGGCGCUGCGUGAUGUGCUGCUACGUGGUCAGACCUCAUACAGCGACACUCACUGUGCUCGGCUUUACCUUUAUGUGCCGUUAUUAUUUUACGCACAGCUGGAGCUGGUGAAGAUCUGCUAUGAGCUGUUUAUGGCGCCACGCAAUAUCUAUGAUGUGCUCUUUGUCCAGCCAACCAAGGAGCUAAAUAUACUGCACCAGAAAUCCUACGCUGGACGCAAAAUUGUGUCCUUCAGCCGUUCCAUCGAUGGAUCGCAAUUGCGUGAACGUCAUGAGCAUAUGUUUGGUCAGCAACUGCGCGAAUCCGAUUUCAGCUUAGCCUGUCUGGCCGGUGCAGUGCAUGAUUACUUUAAUACGUAUACGGAUAAGGCUGCUGUGCCAGCGCUUCUAAACACUACCUGUCGCACCAUUGCCCAGGGCUACUUCACCGAUCGCAGCGGCGACAAGUCGUCUCACAUUGGCGGCGUUAUAUUUCUUCAGCUGCCUUUGGGUCCACCGGAUGCGCUAAAGGCUCUCCAGCUGCACGAGAUUGUCGAGCGCAUACGCAAGCAGCAAAUUAUGAUUUACUUGGCAUCGAUCGGACAAACAAAAUAUAGUUUGUUGACAUCGUUGCUGCCACAUGUGUUAACCAAAAUCUUCAUCAACUUUUUUUCAUACAAUUUUCCAGUGACCAUAACAGAAGUCUAUGGUCCAGCUGAUCCACAAUUUCAGGCCGCCUGGGGUCAGCGAGUGCAGGACGUGCUGCUGUUCAGGCCACCGCAAUCAAAGACUUGCUUGUCGCUCAACCUGCAUCGCUAUGGCGAUCGUUAUAGGCUCGCUGUAAUGGCUGACACUCAUCUAGCGCCAGAUCACACGCUGCUUACACGUUCCUUUGAACGUUAUAUGGAAACGGUGGCACUCUAAAAAUCCAAGUCAAUCUUUAAAUGGGAUCAAUAUUAACUUAACUUUAUAAUUUCUAUUGAUUUUGCAGUUUAAACACUCUGCUCUGAAAACGUCUCAUGUACAUAGCUGUAGCUUAGUCAUGUAAUCAAACUUAUAGUCAUGUUAAUUACGUGGCUCAAAGCAACGUAAAAUUAUACUUAUUAAACAGUCAAAUAUGAUUUGAUUUAGUUGAGUUCCACCUUUUCAAAGCUUCUUAUUAAACUAAAAUAAAGUCGGGUGCAGGGGAUGUGUUGUCCUUACUUCGUCGGAACUUAAUAAAGUUUUAUUUAAAAAUAAACUAAAUUAAAUUUG